AUAUACUUAAUUUUAUGCAUUUGCAAAACAUGAGCACGUCAGCCAGGGUCGUGAACAACCUGCCUGGAGGUCUUCCAAUUGCACAGGUACCGUUACAUACCAAUCCGGAAACGGUAGCAUUGGAUUAUGUCCAACGCCUGCAAUCUCUCAAGGCGUCGGAUUUUACUGAAGAUGCACUUUGGAGAGAUACCUUUGCAUUCACGGGAACUGUAAGGACGUUCCAUACUCCAGCCGAUAUUAAAACGUCCUGGAACGACGUUACCGAAACCCAUAAGCCCAGCGAUUUUGCAUUAAUACCUGGAUCAGCCCGUGUUGUGCAAAUUGGCGUUCGGUCAUCUUGGGUUGAAGCGAGGUUCGUCUUCAAGACAAACGGCAUACCUCGACAGAACGGCUCUGGAUUCGUGUCUUUAAUACCAGCCGAUGGCGAAUGGAAAAUUUGGCUCCUAAGAACUAUUCUAGAAGGAAUCGAUGGUCUUCCUGAUGUCGACGUUUUGAAUCCGACAGCUCAUCUAGUGCCCAAUGGACACCAGAAUGGCAUCGUGGAGCCAACAAACUACGACUGCGUGGUCGUUGGGGCCGGGCAGGCAGGUCUCGCAGCUGCAGGUCGUCUGAAGGCGCUAGGCGUGCAAUAUCUUCUCAUUGACAAGAAUGCUGCUAUUGGUGAUAAUUGGCUGUUGAGAUAUGAGUCUGCAAAAUUACAUACCGUUAGAAACUAUGCUCAUCUACCAUUUGAGCGCACAUUCACUCCGGAUUGGAAAGAAUUUCUGCCCAAACGAGAUGUCGCCAAAGGCUUUGAAAUUUGGUUUAAUAGAUAUGGAAUUAAUGCUUGGUUCUCUACGAAUCUUGAAUCCGGAAAAUGGGACGAGGACAAGAAGGAGUGGGCUAUCCGUGUUAUCCGGGAAGGCAAAGAAGUUAUUCUCACCACUAAACACCUUGUUCUUGCCGUUGGCGGAGGUGGUCAGAUUCCACGAAUGCCCACGUUCCCUGAUCGAGAGAAAUUCAAAGGUGUGGUUCUCCAUUCAGUUGAUUAUACGGACGCGAAAGGAUGGAGAGGAAAGAAAGGUGUCGUCGUCGGUGCGGCAAAUACAGCACACGAUGUUGCGGAGGACAUGCAAGCUGCAGGCAUGGAUACUACAAUGGUUCAACGUCAAGCAACAUAUGUUGUCCCCACCGACUACUAUUUGAAGGUCACUGGAGCCGUCUUCAAUGACCAAAUUCCAAUAGAAAUAGCCGAUAGAAUACAAUUCAGCAACCCCAUCGCUAUCGGACGACAAAUAGUCGCAUAUCAUUUGCAUAAAAUGAUUCGUGCAGACCCAGAACGUUUUGAUUCUCUCGAGCGGGCAGGUUUCCUGCUAGAUAGAUUUGGUGACAUUACAUACCAUGUCAGCGAGCGUGGUGGUGGUCACUAUAUGGAUGUUGGUGGAUCAGGAAAAAUCUCCAAGGGGCUGAUUAAAAUGAAGUCGGAUGCCCUUAUCACCGCUUACACCGAAAAUGGGCUUCUUUUGUCGGAUGGCUCCGAGCUCAAGGCCGAUGUGAUUGUGUUCACAACCGGAUUCGUUGGAACGCUUCGUGAUGAGGUUGCAAAAUAUCUAGGUCAGCAAAUAGCGGACCAGGUGGACGAAUACUGGGGGCUGGACACGGAAGGAGAGAUUCGUGGAGCUUAUAAACCUAUUGGCCAUCCUGGAUUGUGGUACACUGGUGGCACACUUGGUCAUUCUAGGUUCUUCUCUCGUUUCUUGGGUUUACAAAUUAGGGCUGCGCUUGAUGGCACUCCCUUGCCAGUCUAUGAAAAGCUUCCGGGAAGACCAAACAUGAAGGCACGCCCACUGGGCGAAAUAACUGAAUUUUUGGCGGGUGCUGAAGCUAAUUAG